UUGGGUUAAGUUGUUUGAAAUUCACAUCAAUGUCAAAAAAUGUUACUGAGGAAAAAAUCAAAAUGAAAAAUAAAUAAUUAAAUAAUAACAAAAUAAAUACUUUUACGUGUGCGUGUUUACAAUUUUAGUAAUAAUAGCCUUCCGUAACUCCGAAAGUAACCACUGCGAACGCUUCAGUCGAUUUAAUUUCCCCUACCAUGGCUUGACUCAGCGAAUAGCAUUGAGUGGGAGACAGUGGUGCUUGUAGUGGGGGUCAAGAUUGAGAAGUUUCGAAAAAAUGGUAUCUGUGUUAAAGGAGUUCAACUGUAUCUCUUAUAUUUACUAUCUCUUUCUUUGUUUUAUCAGCAUGAUUCGUGGCAAAUAUGCUUCUUAGGGUAUAAAUAAACUGUUCAGUAACCCUGGUAUCAGUCUCAAUGAAUCUCACGACUUAAUCCAGUCCGAUAGUCGAAUAAAUUACCGGGCAUAAUAAUAAAUAUUUUAGAAAAUGGAUUCAGUAAUUCGUACUCGUACUCCUGAGGUUCUUUCUGAGGGUGUACGGGAUCAGUAUGCCGAUGGAAUAGCUGCUGAAGCUUGGGACACUAUAGUUGGAGAUAUAAAACAACGUACUCAAGUUUACAAAGACUUCGUAGUGGGUUUAUUACGUGAAAAGGGGUGCAAGAGAAUCCUUGAUGUUGCCUGUGGCACAGGAAUCGACUCCAUAAUGCUCAUUGAAGAAGGAUUCCAACUUGUCAGUGUUGAUGCUUCUGAUAAAAUGCUCAAACAUGCGUUCAAUGGCCGUUGGGAUCGAAGAAAAGAACCUGGUUUUGAUGACUGGGUUAUCAAAGAGGCCAAUUGGUUCACACUGACUAAAGAUAUUGGACAUCUUAUUGGCGAUGGUUUCGAUGCUGUGAUUUGUUUAGGCAACAGUUUCGCUCAUAUCAAUGACACUUACGGUGAUCAGAGAGAACAGAAACAAAUAUUAAAAAACUUUGAGAUGUGUCUUAAACCAGGUGGCUUUCUUCUUAUUGAUCACAGAAAUUUUGAUGCUAUUUUGGAUGGUGGGGUUGCUCCAGCUAGAUGCAUUUACUAUAACAGUUCCUGCGUGAAAGAUAUAAAAACUUUCAUCCCUUCGGUUUCCGGUGUACCCCGAAUGAUUAUUUUCGAUUACUUCUUGUCCUUGGAUGAAAAUAACGAGGAUCUAAAGAAUCGACAUAAAUUUCGCUUAUCCUACUAUCCUCAUCGUCUGAAUUUCUUCAAGGAUAUGUUACGAGAAAUAUUUUCCCAAAAAACCCACAAAAUUUUCGGUGACUUUAAGCCUCUUAAUGAGGUAAAAGAUCCUGUAUUUUUUAUUCAUUAUAUUGAAAAAAAAUAAUAGUCACAUACAAUUACACUGUAAAACAUCAGGAGUGAGUACAGACUUUAUUUCAGCUCACAUUCUCUUCCUCAUUAAAAGUGAAUUAAAAAAUUUUUUAUGGGCGGAGUGAUUUAGAAGUGACGCAGAUUUUAUUUAAAUUCGGAUUUUUUUUAUAAUUAAUAUUUUCCGAAACUCCCCUUCGGAGUGAAUAAAUAAAAAGUCACCCACUCCGCGCUCACUCCACAAUUUUUUCACUGUGCCUAAAAUUGGAAAAUUUAUAAAGAUUUUUAAUAAUACAAUAAAUAAUUAAAAGAUAAUAAAUAAAUAGAUUAAAAUAAUUAAUUUAUUAGAUAUGUACGAUAAACGUACAUAAACUUUAUUUCAGAUUAUUUUGUAUAAAUAGUAAAUAUACACGUUGGA